AUGAAACCCACACAUCGUUUCGAUGCAAUCAUCAUUGGCGCCGAACUAGGCGGAAUCAACAGCCUACACGAAGUACUGGAGCUUGGGCUCUCAGUUAGGGUUCUAGAGGGUGCCAGUGAAGUUGGUGGCACUUGGUUCUAUAAUCAAUACCCGGGUUGUACAAGCGAUACACCGAGCCUUCUCUACCGCCUUUACUGGGACAAAGAGGACCUCCGAACCUACCCAUGGCCCAACCGCUACCUGACGCAGGCAGAGAUCCUCGCCUACAUCAAACACGUAGUAUCAAAGCACAACAUGAGCCCCCAAAUCCAACUCAACACCGAAGUCACAUCCGCGACCUGGGACCCCACCCAAAAUCGCUGGCUCAUCCAAACCAACACCGACGAAGAAUACACCACCCGCUACCUCAUCACCGCCGUCGGCGUCCUCCACGAGCCCAUCCUCCCCUCCAUCCCAGGCAUACACACCUUCCGCGGCCACCUCCUCCACUCAACUCAAUGGACCCCUGACGUCCAAAUCGCCAACAAACGCGUCGGCAUCAUCGGCUGCGGCGCCAGCGGCAUCCAGAUCCUGACCGCCAUCGCACCGCACGCCGCCUCCCUCACCUCCUUCCAGCGCACGCCGCAAUACGCCAUCCCGGCCCGCAACGCCGCCGUCACUUCUGCCGAGCGCGCGUCGUACAACGCGCGCUACGAUUCCAUCAUCGACGACGUGUGGAACAGCACCACCGGCUUCGGCUUCCGCGAGAGCACGACGCCGACGAUGUCGGUCUCCCCCGCCGAACGCGUCCGCGUCUACGAAAAGCUCUGGCGCGAGGGCGGCGCGAUGCAGUUCAUGCUGGGCGGCUUCAGCGACACCUUCACGGACGCAGCCGCGAACGAGGCGGCGUGCGCGUUCAUCUGCGCAAAAAUCGCGGCGACGGUGCGGGAUGCGGAGAAGGCGCGGAAGGUGGUGCCGACGGAGCGGUUCUUCGCGCGAAGGCCGCUGUGCGAGGAGGGGUACUACGAGGCGCUGAACCGGGAGAAUGUGCGCGUUGUGGCGCUGGGGGAGACGCCGAUUGAGGAGUUCACGCCGGAGGGGAUAAGGACGAGUGAUGGGACGGUGUAUGGGUUGGAUGUCAUUGUGUUUGCGACGGGGUUCGAUGCGAUUGAGGGGAGUUAUACGCGGUUUCCGAUCAGAGGGAGGGAGGGCAGGCUGUUGAUGGAGCAUUGGGGGGGUGGGGCGAAGAGCUAUUUGGGCGUGAACUGCCCGGGCUUUCCGAAUCUGUUUUUUGUGAAUGGUCCGCAGGGCCCGUUUGGGAAUAUUCCGCCUGUGCUGCAGAGCACUGCGCAGUUGACGACUCAGUUGAUAAAGGAGAGGGAAAAGAGGCUAGCCGAAGGUGGUCUCGGCGUGGUGGAGGCAACGCCUGAGGCAGAAGUGGAAUGGGGUCAAAGAUGCGAGCAGAUGAUGAAAGGUUCAUUGUUCAAGCACAAUAGCUCUUGGAUUACUGGGCGCAAUGUUGAAGGAAGAGCGUCUACUUGUCGGUUCUUCUUGGGUGGCAUCAAGCUGUAUCGGUCUGCUUGCAGAUAUGCGCAUGAUCAAGGAUGGCCUGGUAUCCUUAAGCUUCAGAGUACCUAG